AAAAACUUUGUGUUCUACCGGGACAGGCCCACAUGUUUUUGCGGAAUUUUUAUUUAUCUUCUUGAGUUUUCUAAUAAAUUGUUUUAGUGAAGAAAUUGUAGAGAGAUAAUGCGAAAUCUCACAUUAUUGUGCAAAGAAACCCACGCUGGGGAAAGAAAUCGUGCAGAAGAUGAAAACGAAGAUGCAGACCUGCCACGCGCUGGAUGGUUCUUCUGGGAGAGCAGGUACUACUGUGGAGGUCAGGAAGAUGGGAUGUUCUCCAUUGAGAAGGAUGGCAAGUCAUCUGGGAGUCUUUUCCCACUGGAAGAUCUUCUAUCAGUUGAACACCUCCAGCGCAGUGGAGAACUCUGCAUUGCCAAGAAAUCCGGAGAUAUUCUUCUCUGGGAUCCCCAGAGUGAGAGAUUGGAAGAUGUUGGAUCAUGCGGAGAAAGUAUAGGAGAAAUGAGCUGGAGCCCUGAUCAGGAGAUUGCUGUCUUUGCCACUGAAUCCAGUAAGAUCAUUGUGAUGGAUUCCCUUUUUGACAUCAUCGAGGAAGUUAAUCUGCUGGACAGUAGCUUCGGUGAUAGUGAGUUUGUGGUCUUGGGAUGGGGUAAGAAGGAGACCCAAUUUCACGGUUCAGCAGGCAAGAAAGCCGCCCAGAAGAAGGAAAUCACAGACUUACCAGCAAAUUCCCUUCCGGAAGAUGAGAAAAUUGACUCAAAGAUUAACAUUGUCUGGAGAGGAGAUGGAGAGUAUUUUGCCGUAAAUUUCCUCAGAGAUAGUCAACGUUUAUUCAAAGUAUUCAGCCGCGAUGGAAAGCUCCAGUAUACGUCGGAAAAAUGCCUAGGAUUGGAGGGUGCAAUAGCUUGGAAGCCAUCUGGGCUGUGGAUUGCUGUUCCUCAGAAUCUCCCUGAUAAAUAUGUCAUUGCGCUUUUUGAGAAGAAUGGCCUACGCCAUCGUGAGCUCUGUCUUCCCUUCAAGAGAGAAAAUGAAAUUGUCCAAGCUCUCAAAUGGAGCAAUGAUUCUACAAUCCUGGCCAUUCUUACUUCUUCUUUAGCACCUUUAUUUCCGGGUAGUGAAGAACAAACGAGUAUUUAUUUGUACACAAUGGGAAACUAUCAUUGGUAUCUAAAGCAGUGUCUCACCUUUUCCUCUCCCGUUUGGAUGUUUGACUGGGAUUCUUCAGUCUACGAAUGCAAAUCUCUAUAUGUCCUCAGAGAUACAGGAUCUACGCACAUUUACAGAUGGAGCUACGAUGUAAAUUGUUCUGCUGGUCAAACGGAUCAAGAUGAAUCACUUGUAGGAGUUAUUGAGGGAAAAAAUGUCUUGUUGACAAACUUCCGGGGUGUUGUUGUUCCUCCACCAAUGUGUGCCUUCACACUGACAUGUCCGGACUAUAUAAACUACGUGGGAUUCAUUCAGCAUCCCGCCAAUCCCUGUGACAGUAAUAAAUUCUUCACAGUGACGAAUCAGAAUCUCCUGACCAUCUAUGAGUGCUCAUUUACGGACGGUCCGUCUCCAGUGCGCCACAUAGAGGGAUGCAAGGAAGUUGAAUGUUUGAUCUUUGAAAAUAGCUUUCAUGGACAUAAUUUAUUCCAUUGGCUCACUGAAGAACUCUUGAUUGUUGACUCUCCAACGAAGAAUAACAAAUCCCGCUUGAUUUUAAUGCGAAAGUAUAAAAUUAUGUGGGACACUGUGGAUGAGAUUAAACUAAAUAAUCUUGCUACAGGGAUAACGUCGUGCGAUGGAAAUUCCCUCAUUGUAUCCUUGUUGAACAAAAGCGUCUUGAAAGUAAAGAUAUCGAAUGGAAAAUUUGCCGGGUGUGAGGAAUUCUAUUCCCUUCCGGAAUUCUGUGAGAAAACAGUCUCAGUGAAGAUUGGUGCCGAAGAGAAGAUUUUCUCACUACAAACCCGCCAAAUGCUCUACUUGAAUGGCGAUAAAUUCCAACAGGACGUUACAUCCUUCGCCGUAGCUCAUCCAUUCCUCCUGUACACAACUGUGGACGAGCUGAGGAUCAUCAAUUUGACCAACAUGAAUGUGGAUACUGUGAGGAAGACCGAAAGAGGAGCCAGGAUCGUCGCAAUUGUCCCCAAACACGAUAGAACAGUGCUGCAGAUGCCACGUGGGAAUUUAGAAGCAAUCCAACCACGAGCACUCACCCUCCUGAUUAUUGGAGAUUUGCUGCACAAAAAUCAAUACAGGAAGGCCUAUGAAAUUCUCCGUAAACAACGGAUUAAUCUCAAUUUAAUUGUCGAUCACAAUCCGAAGGAAUUCUUUGAGAAGAUCGAUGUUUUUCUCAAUGAGAUUAGCAACCCAUCUUGGUUGAAUCUCUUCCUAACAGACCUCCAAAAUGAAGAUGUAACCACAACAAUCUACGAAGGAUCAUACCGAAUGCUGAAGGUACGAGAAUAUCCCGAGAAUUACACGAUAGAAGGGAAAGUAGAGAGGAUUUGUGAGGAAAUGUGUAAGAAAAUGCAGAGUAGGAAUGAAAAGCACCUGCUUCUACCAAUUAUAACGAGUUUCGUGAAAAGAAAGGACAUUGAGAGUGCACUGAGAGUUAUUUGCGAGAUUAGGAAUGCAGAGAAGGCCAAUGGAGGACAUUUGGGGGAUUUUUCUGAAUCUGAAGACGCCCUAAACUAUCUCCUGUACUUGGUGGAUGUUAACAAAUUGUACGACAUUGCUCUGGGAAUGUAUGACUUCAGAUUGGUUUUGUUUGUCGCUGAAAAAUCCCAGAAAGAUCCCAAAGAGUAUAUUUCCUACCUCAAUGAUCUCAAUCAAUUGGAUGAGUACUACAGACGUUUCAAGAUUGAUUUUCACCUCAAACGGUAUGAAAAGGCGCUGGAAAAUAUCUCAAAGUGUGAAGGGAAAUUCGAUGAAUGCCUCAAGCUUGUAAAGGAUCGGCAUCUCCAUGCAAAAGCUCUCACACUCUUCCCAUCAAACUCGGAGGAAUACAAGAGUAUUGCUAAAGCCUAUGCAGAUCAUUUGCGCUACAGAGGAUUUCUCGAGGAAGCCAGCUUGAUGUAUGAACGUGCUGGGAAUUUAGAUGAAGCCAUUCAGACAGCCAAGAACACAAUGGACUUCAAUCGAAGCCUGUCGCUAAAGAUGAGUUCAGGAGUGGCAGAUGAGGAGCUCAAGGAGUUCGUACACAGCCUCAUACCCGCUAUGAUUGAGAAUGGGAAAUACAGAGAAGCGGCGGAUCUCAUAAAGGUUCACAUUAAAGACUCACAGCAAGUGAUUGAGACACUUCUCGAGGGAAAAUUGUACAUGGCAGCAAUUUAUGAGUGGAACGAAUGCAAAGGCAGUGAUUGCACACGGGAUUACAUACAGGGGCAUUUGCGGAGCUACACAGAGGUGCUAAUGGAUUGCAUGAGAAACGACAGAAUGCAAUUUGUGAGUUACAAAACGCGCCUCAGUGUGGUACGUAAGAAGCGCACGGAAGAGCCAGAAGAGGAGGAUCCCAAUCAUUUUGAUGAUUGUGAUUUGUACUCGGACACAACGAGUGUCAUCAGUACGAAGCACACGGGGAGCUCUAGGGGAUCGUCCAAGACGCACAAGUCUAGCAAAAGCCGACGAAAGCACAAGAGGAAGCUCUACAGUCUCAAGGAGGGGAAUCCCUUUGAAGACAUUGCCCUCAUCGAUGCACUCCACAAUUUGGCCAUCAAAUGCUUUGGGCAGCAGCAGCACAUAAAGGAGAUUUGCAAAGCAACAAUUAUGCUGAAUAUCGAUGAAAUGGGGAAGCAACUACAGCACUGCUACAAGAACUUGCUGCACACCAUUGAACUAUCACUGGAUGAAAUUUGGAUUCCGAAUGAUAUACGUUUUGAAAUUGUGGAACCCCACAAGAGGAUAAAGCCACACCUAACACAGAUUAACUGGGAGUAUGAAAUAUUUAAGUGAGUUAAUUUAAUUCACAUUUUAAGAUUGAUUUUUUUUCUGUCUUUAUGGUGAAUUUGUAAGAUAUAAUUUUUGUUUUAUUGUUGCAAUAUUGCAAUAGAAAUAUGUAUGUAAUUCACUGUACAAAAGAGGGGCUGAAAUGCCAUCCUUCUUCCCGUGGAGAUGUGAACAAAAUAAUCUGAAUAUAUAAUUGUAAUAUAAAA